UCGGCACUCGAGUGUCCAGCAUGGGGCAAACUCCACAUGGUGGGGCCAUCUCACCACUUCUUGGCCCGAUGUUUGACGGAUCGGACCAGCCCUGUUGUGCCAAUACUAGUUCGCACUUAUCCUCACUCUGCGUGAUGGUGUCUUCUUCGUGCGUGUAGACUCCGUCUUUAGUUUUGGCUUGCAAUGGUGUGAUUUUUUAUGUGGAUGUGUAUAUGACCAAACAAUUAGAAUUCAUGUAAUAAAAAGAUGUGCGCUCUUUUCUUCUUGGAAUGAGCGAAAGAGCUGGAAACAGAAAAUCCUCCGGCAAGAACCCUCGUAUAAAAAGCUACAAAUGAAGUGAUUUUUGGCCAUUCAUUCAUACCAAGUGUGGUAGAUCUUACGAUCAAUCAGGAUCCGGACAGGACAGGUGCCUUAGUGUCUUAGAUAGUGUCUCAGAAAAAAUGGCUUUCUUCAAAGUGUGUUGUCUAGUCUUGCUGGCGGCGACAGUCGUUAUCAGUGAAGACUCUGCCGCGGCAACUAGCAGUGUAGAAUCCGCCGGUGAACAGGACUUGGAAGGAGCGGAAACUGUAUUUCUGGCGAAGAAAUUACUGCUUCUGAAGGGACUGGGUUUGGGAGGACUGCUGCUUCUGUCGCAAAAGGGAGGCUCCGGAGGAUUCGAUGGACUAGCUAGCAAGUUCGGCGGAAGUACCUCGGUGGAAUACGGUGCACCGGCUCCAGCGUACGGAGGAUUCAGUUCCAACUACGUGGCUGCCCCUGCUCCAGUCCCAGCACCGGUUCCCACCUACGCCAGCUAUGCUGCCCCGGCUCCUGCACCAGCACCGGUUGCCACGUACACCAGCUAUGCUGCACCAGCUUCAGGACCUGCCCCGACCUACACCAGCUAUGUAGCUCCGGCUCCAGCUCCCGUCCAAGUUUCCUACCAAGCUGACACCCCGGUUGCUUCCGGAUACACCGGAAACCUGCAGGUCAUCGGUUACCUGUCCCCUGUGCAAUCCGUCCGAGGACCAGCUCCAGUAGCGUACUCCAACCAGGCCGUGUCCAGCGGAUACAGCUACUCGGCACCUGCUCCAGCCCCGCAGCCCAUCGCCGCUUCAGUUCAGCCACCAUGUGAAGACAACUAGGAGUCGGAUAAUUUAAGUCAUUAGAUGUGUUCACUUUCUACGCCACACUACCAACUCUUCAGGGAUUAGAAACUGCUCUUAAGUCAGCAUCGUUUAUUAUGUAACCGUAGCUGAUAUGUCAUUUGUACAAACUAACUCAUAAAAAAUAUAAUAUGAAUGAGAAAUAUAUACUCGUACAAAGUUUA